ACAAACACAAUAUAUGUCUUCUUGUCUCUCAGAAUUCUUGUCUUGUGCUUGCUAUCCUUGUGCGGGGCUAGGCAGUUCAAAUCUGCCAAGAUUUCUCAACACCAAAACAGAAUGGCUGAAACCAUCCUCAGUCCUGUUAUUGAUGAGGUAGUUUCCAAGCUAACUUCCUCAGCUGCUGAACAAAUUUACCUUGCAUGGGGUUUCGAGAAGGAGCUUGUGAGCCUUAAGGAGUCACUAGUUAUGAUUCAAGAUGUUCUCCAAGAUGCAGAGAAUAAACAAGAAGGUGAUGCUGCUGUAAGGUGCUGGCUGCAGAAGCUCAAAGAUCUAGCCUAUGAUGCGAUGGAUGUAUUGGAUGAGUAUGUUUAUCAUCUUCUCCAGCUGAAAGUAGAGACUCAAGGCCAAAAGAAGCAACAAGUGUGUUUGUUCUUUUCUCGCUCUAAUCCAAUCGUGUUUCGUCUCAAAAUGGCUAAUAAGAUUAAGAAAAUUAAUGAGUCUCUAGCUAAAAUAAAAGGAGAUGCAGUGUUUCCUAUGUUGAGUAGAGGCAAAUUAACUCUGCAUGUUAGUCAAAACCCUAAAACAGAUUCCUUCCUUGAUUCAAACCCAAUAGGAAGGAGUGAUGAUGUUUCUGAAAUAAUAAGCCAGCUAAGUAAACUUAGGAGUCAGCAUUCCAUGUCUGUUGUUUCUAUAGUAGGCAUGGCUGGCAUUGGGAAGACAACUUUGGCAAAAUCAGUGUUCAAAGAAGUAAAAGAAAAAAAGCUUUAUGAUGUAGUAACAUGGGUUUGUGUUUCUGAUCGUUUUGAUGAGAAAGACAUUUUAGGAGGAAUGCUAGAAUCUCUUGAUAAAACUGCAGGGGGAAUAAACAACAUUGAUGCAGUACUUCGCCAUCUUGAAGCUGAGUUGGAAAAGAAAACCUUCCUUCUCAUUCUUGAUGAUGUGUGGAAUGAAGAUUCUAACAAGUGGGAUACCUUCCUCAGUAGCUUGUCCAAAAUUGUGAAAACCACUGAAAAUUCUAUUAUUGUAACAACUCGCAGUGGUCGAGUAGUAUCUGCAAUAGAGAGAUUUCCUGUGCAUAAGCAAGAAAUGAAAGGAUUGUCAGAUGAUGAAUGUUGGACUAUAAUCAAGGAGAAAGUGCAUGGAUUUGCAAAAAGACCAAUAGAUGCUAAUUUAGAAGCUAUUGGGCAAGAUAUUGCAAGAAAAUGUAAGGGCUUGCCAUUAGUUGCUAAUGUGUUGGGAGGAACAAUGGGCUGCCAGAUUGGAGUGGAAGAGUGGUUGGCUAUCAAGAAUAACAAUGUGUGGAAUUUACAAGACAAUCAGAAGAUUGUACCGAUUCUAAAGAUAAGCUUUGAUCGUUUGUCUGGGCCUCUGAAGAAAUGUUUUGCUUUUUGUUCAAUUUUUGAAAAAGAUACUACUAUGGAGAAAGAUGAGCUAGUGCAACUCUGGAUGGCAGAAGGUUUCCUGCACCCACGUGAUGGAAGCGAUUUGACAAUGGAGGAUGUUGGUGAUCAAUACUUUGAUGAUUUGUUAUCCAAUUCCUUGUUUCAAGAUAUAGAAAGAAAUAAAAUAGGGGAUGUGGAAUGGUGUAAGAUGCAUGAUGCAGUGCACGAUCUUGCAUUGUUUGUCUCCGAUGGUGAAUCUUUGAUUUCGGAUCAAACUAGUUCCAUUGAUGAAAAUUCUAAAAUUCGGCAUUUGAGGGCCAAGUCUAAUGGGGAAGUGCUUCCAAGGGGAGUUUCUCAAAAGUUGCAUUCUUUGUUCUUUGAUGCUGAUAUUGUUGUCCACCACAUUGCAUCAGAUCUUAAAAACUUGCGAUCUCUAAUAACGUUGGGAGCUUGUAGUGAAGAAGAUCUAUCAAUUUCUCUUGGCAAAAUGAAGCAUUUGAGGUACCUUGAUAUCUCAAGAAGUAAAAUUAAAGUGCUACCGAAAUCAUUCUCUAAACUCUACAACUUGCAAACUUUAAAGCUCAUGUGGUGCAAUCAUCUCGAGAAGGUACCCGAUGACAUGAGAAAUCUUGUUAGCUUGAGGCAUCUUUAUUUCAGUAGUGAAAAGCAUAUGCCAAAGGAGAUUGGGCACUUGACUUCCCUUCAAACAUUACCACUAUUUGUUGUGGGAGUAGAAAAGGGAUAUAGAAUUGAAGAACUUGGAUGCUUAAGCCAACUGCGAGGGGAAUUGGAUAUUCAAAAACUUGAAGAUGUAGGAUCCAAAUUAGAAGCCUCUAAAGCAAAAUUAAAAGAAAAGAAAAAAUUACAAGGGUUGAUAUUUACAUGGAGUGCAAAAAAAGAAGCCAACAACAACAUCAACGUUGAAGAGGUUCUAGAAGGUCUUCAACCUCACCCAAAUUUGAAGAGCUUAGUUAUUUGGUCUUACCAAGGAAAACACUUCCCGUCAUGGAUGCAGGUUGGUGUCAAUAGUUCACUCAACAACUUAAUGAAGUUGAAGCUAUGCUAUUGCAAUGAAUGCUUAUAUCUUCCAAGCCUCGGUCUAUUGUGUAAUCUCCAAUUUCUUGAAAUUGAGGGGAUAAAGAAGGUAAAAAGCAUGGGUAGCAAGUUCUAUGUGGACCAAAGCAACAGUGAAGAUGAAGUAGGAUCAGCUACACAGUUCCUAGCUGUAAGAGAAUUCAGUGUAGUAGAAAUGGAAAGCCUUGAGGAAUGGGUAGAAGCAGAAGGUGUGACCGUGUUUCCUUGUCUUGAGAGGUUGUAUAUUGAGGAUUGUCCUGAGUUGAAGACUUGGUCGAUGGGUGGAUUUUCAUCUAAUCAUAAGCUGUCCUCUUUGAGAAUAAGCAGAUGUCCCAAACUGGUGGCUAUACCAACUAUGGACCAGCUCUCAUCUCUUAAAAAUUUUUCUAUAGCCGAAUGUUAUGAAUUAAUGAGUCUACCAAGUGGAUUGGGAUCCUGCGUUUCUCUUCAGGAGCUGACAAUUUCUGAAUGUCAAAAACUGUCUUCCAUUCCAAGAAUAAAUGGGCUCACAUCUCUCACAAGGCUUCAGCUUCUUAAUUGUGAUGAAUUAACAGACCUACCAAUUGGACUGGGAUCCUGCACUUUUCUUCAGCAUUUGGAUAUUUUGAAUUGUUACAAUAUAAUUUCAAUUACUGAAGAUAUUGGGGAAUUACAUUCUCUCCGUCAACUAGACCUCCGUGAUUGUGGAAAGCUGAGGAACAUUCCAGAGGAGUGUGUUGGUAGACUCUCCUGCUUGAAGUGUUUAUGGAUAGGUGGUUUCUGGUCGGAGUUGGAGGAAUUUCCUGGACUAACUUCCAUUCAUCAGCUCCACGCCUCCCUUGAAGAAUUGUACUUGUUCGGAUGGGAUAAACUGAAGUCUCUGCCAGAUCAGCUUCAACAUCUCACUGCCCUCAAGAGAUUGACGUUACGGAACUUCGAUGGCCUGGAAGCUUUGCCAGAGUGGUUGGGAGACCUCUCUUCUCUUCACAACCUGCAGAUUUGUGAUUGCUCUAAUUUGACUCAUCUGCCUUCUAUUGAAGCCAUGCGACGCCUCUCUAACUUACAAUCUCUUGAAAUUUUGCUUUGCCCCAAAUUAAAAGGAAGAUGUGCCAAAGAGAGCGGCCCCGAAUGGGCCAAGAUUUCCCACAUCCCCAACAUCAGAAUAAAUUUUGAGCACCUGCAGCGGCAAUCCGAAUGAGAGAGUGUGAGGGUUGAGUGUUGUGACUGUGAUUGGGCCGCUUAGAGUUCAUAGAAGCUAGCAAGUCUUCAAAUUCUGUACUUUAUAUUAUUUUCUUUAAAUUAAUGGCUUUUAUUUUUUUGGCAUAAACACACAUGGCGUGCGAUUCUUCCAAGUUAUGUCUAAUGUAUCUAAACACAUGUAAGUGUAAAGCUUGAGGGUGUGAGAGCCCAGCAGCAGGAGUAAUUACUACAUGCUUUCGGUUUUUAAGGGAAUAUGUCAAGUUGAAUGAGAAAGGAAGAAGAAGACACCAGAUGUUGAUGAUACUGCUGAUUGCUUUUGUACUUUAGUCUUGCUAAGAGAAGAUGAUGUCAGUGACUAAGAAAUUGUGCUUGUUGAAUUAAUGAUUGGUAUUUCACCAAAAUAUAUCUAUUUUAUCUGUAAGUUCUCAUUAAACUUAGGAAACUAGUAUCUAAUCUAAUAUACGUGGGGCAAUAGUGUAGACUUGUUUCUUUGGCAUUUUUCUAUUCUUUAUUGGCUUCAACACUCCACAUUGACAGCAAUGUUGCACAUGGCAAGCUUAUUCCUCAUUCCUCAUUCCCAACUUCAGAACAUCAGAAUAGAUUUGCACACUCCAAUAUGCCCGAGAAAAAAAUCUUUUGUUCAUUAUUCAUUUUUUGCUAAUUGCAUAGCUCUUAAUUUAUUAAUAAAUUAAUCCGUAUUGUUGGAAUUAUUGCUAGAAACGUGGCAUUCAAAUCUGCAGAAAUAAUGAAUUGAAACUGCCAUGAAAUGGCAGCAAUGAGGCUGAAAAUUGACAGCAAAUGAAGCUGCAAUUUUCAG